UAAACCACAUUCCACAGUGGGGGAAAAAGGAGAUAAAAACCCUCCCUCUUUCUUUCCCAAGGAUAGAAGGUAUUAAUUAGUUACAACUUACAAGUUCACAAAAAAAAAUCUGGUUCAGUCCAGUUCCAAAGAAGUUUCAACAAAAAAAUAAAAGCAAUCAAAAAUCAUUUAUUAAAUUAUUAAAACCAGCCAUCUAUAAAUACAGGUAUUGGCUGGAAGAAAAUUUGGAAAACUCAAAAAUUAACACCUCCCCACCCCCCCGGUGCCACCCUCCUCCCACGUCUCCAGUCUCCCCAGCCAGGAGAGGACAAAGUCUAUGUUGUGGGGUCACAGAUAACCACAGAGACUUUGGGGAAAAGUUUUAAAGUGCAAGCAAAUAAGAGGUGGGCGGUAAACCUGUUUCUGCCUCUUAUGAGUAGCCAACUCACAAGGUUACCUGUAAUCUGGUUAGCACACUCUGGAGCAGAGACAACGCCAUCUGGGAGGGGACUGUGCCAAGGGCUGUGUCACUUCAGGGCAGGCCCAGGUAUCUGAGAAGCACUGAAAAGGACCCUGGCAUCCUCCACAAAAAAAAGUGAUCACUACAGGAUCAACCAUUAUUUCCACUGAGGGCCUCUUGUACACAGAGCUGCUAAAGCCUAGGAUGAGCCAGCCACCUCCUGGAUCACUAAGUGGGAUUGCAUAAACAAAGAGAAAUGAUUCAUGCUGAUCGGAGGAACUCAGCCUGGCAGAAGACUGAAUGUGAACACUGAUCUUCUACCACUUGCAAAACCUAAGCGGUUUUGCAUUAGGUACUGCAUGGAGCGAGCAAAAGGCAGAGGUGAAGCCCAUGGUGUCUCUUGCCAUGCUGCAGAGAGAUGUCCAAGAACACUGUGGAGGGAACGUGACCAUGGUAUAAAAGUUCCUGGAGAAAUUAAGUUGCCAAGAAGGAAAGUGAAAAUGAAAACUGGGAAAAUGAAAACAGGGAAAUUUUAAAUGAUGAAAGGAAAAAUGGUCCAGCAGAUAAAUAGAGGGAGAUGGAAGGACAGCACAGAAGCCAGCAUCAACCAGCAGCAAAGCUGCAAGCACUUCCACACAAGCCAUGGCAUGCAUCUCUAUUCAAGCCUGGGGGGGCCUGUGGCAGAUCUGCCUGGCGGCACUAUUACUGGCUCACGUCACGGCGCUGGACUGCAGCAACUUGAAAGACCUACAAGAAGUGCUUAACAGGAACAGCGUGCAACUGCUGGGACAGGUGGCUGGAGCACUUCCUGAGGAGUGCCUGGAGGACAGGCCCACCUUCCGGUUCCCCGAGAAGGUCCUGCGGUCCAAGGCUCCACAUAACGCCUGGAUGGCAACCUAUGAAAUCCUCCAGCAGCUCUUCAGUCUCUUUAAAAGGAAUCUCCCCGAAACUGCCUGGGACACGCGCAGCAUGGAGAGGUUCCUAAAUGCGGUCCAUGUCCAGAUCAAGCGGCUCGAGACAUGCCCGCCUACAAACGGGCUCUAUCCAAGAAGCCAAAACAAAGCUAUGAAACUGAAGAAAUACUUCAGAAACAUCCACGAUUUUCUCCAAGAGAAGAACUACAGCAAGUGUGCAUGGGAGGUGGUCCGAAUAGAAGCCAAGACCUGGUUUUACUAUCUGGACAAGUUCAGAAACAGGCUGUAAAACUAUGCACUGAACAUUUCACUGCUUCAGGGCUUUGUGUCAAGCAGAGAAAUAUGAACAAUAAACUACUGACUGGAGCUUGAGCUCCAAUGCAGACUUCGGGACUUUCAGCAACUCUGCAUACACUUGACUCCAUUACUUGCCUGUGCAGGUACUGCACUGACUUGAUGAGAUCCUGUGGAAGUUAUCAGUCCAAAGUGCUCUGAAGAUGAAGAGCUACAAGAGUGCUGAACUUUCCUUUAUGUUACAUGUACAGAAUAGUCUUUGCAAGUCAAGAAAUGACAGGAAUAUUUUUCUAAGAGUUAUUUAUUUAUUGUUGGUAUUGUUAAUAUUUAUCUUGUUGUUUGUUACAAGUGAUCAAAUGUAUUUAUUUAUUUAAUUUAUAACUCUGUUUUCUUAAAGUAAAAGUUUGAUUUUACAAAAAAAGUGAUGAAUUUGAUGGACUUAAUGCGUUCUGAGCACAACACUCAAUUUUUUUGGUAAGUCAGAUGUGACAACUGGGUGAAAUUUAGCUUACCAACAGAAAGAAAUAGGUGCCCUGACUGGGAAUGGCAAGGAUGAAAAGUAUUCACAGAAACUGAUGGCAAAACAGGAUGAUAAAGGAGGGAAAUUAGGUGACCAAGGUGUAAUAGGUGCACUCAGGGACAGUAAUGCCCUAACAGAAUAGCUAAAUGAAUUCUUUGCAUUGGUCUUUACCACACAAGAUGCUGGGGAAAUUCCCAUGACAAAUCAAUCCCUUCUGGUUGAUGGGUCGGAAGAACUGGACUGCACUGAAGUGACGGCAGAGGAAGUUUUUAAAACAAAUUGACAAACUAAAUGCUAUUAAGUCAACAGGACCAGAUGGCGUUCACCUAAGUUCUGAAGGAAUUCAAAGGUGGAACUACAGAGUUGCUGAGCAAUAGCAUGUAACCUAGCAUUACAAACAGCCUCCAUGCCAGAGAACAGGUGGGCUGGCAACAGGAUCAGAGGUGAUCCUGGGAAACAGAUCAAUGAUUCUUACUUCCAUCCCUGGCAAAUUGGUAUAACUACCAUCUACACCAAAGGACAAAACCAGCAGUCCCACAGACAAACAAGAUCUGCUGGGGAAAAGUCAACAUGGUUUUUAAAAAGGGAAUUGUGGAAUUCUUUGAGGAUGUUGAACACGUGAGAAGGGGGAUCCAGUUCACAGAGUAUAUUUGGACUUUCAAAAAGGUCCCCCACCAAAGGCUUAAAAAACCUAAACCUGUGCUGCCACAGGAUGGGAGGGAAAAUUAUUUUGUGGAUUGAGAGCUGAUUAAAGAUAGGAAGCAAAGAGCAGGGCUAAGUGACGAUGUUUCAAAAUCAAGGGAGGUCAAAAACAGGGUCCUGCAAGGAUCUAUGCUGAGCCCAAUUUUAUUUAACAUUUGCAUCAAUGACCUGGACAUGGGGGUGCACAGCAAAAUCUCCAAGUCUGCAGAUGACACCAAAAUAUUCUGGGUAGUCAAGUCCAAAGCUGAUGGGAGACGAGCUGCAGAAAGAUCUCACCAAGCUAAGUGAGUGGGCAAAAAAAUGCCAGAUAAACUUCACUGUUGACAAGUGUAAGGUAAUGCACCUGGGGAAAAAUAACCUCAAGAGGAGUACACAAUGC